GGUCGAUCGAGAAAACACCGUUGAUCAACCUUAUCGAACCUGCUCAGUGCUGUGAUUUAACGGACGGUCUGGCUCCCUCCAAUCAGCGCUCGUGAUUCGCAUCACUGGGCGUGCCUUGCAAACCACCCACAUUAUCAACUUCGUAUAAAUAGCAGCCGUGAUCACCAUCCAUUGCGCAGAACCUUAGUGGCUUAUUUUUGUAUCUGCAUACUAUCUUAAUUGUGCAUCAAUAUUCCAGUUCACCACUGUUCACCUCUCCAAUCCCUUCCCCUAAACGCCCCAAUGGCCGACGUGAGAAUGUCCGCCGACUUGAACCUCUACGGCCCCCUCUCAGGACCAACACCCACCACUGACGAGACCUGGCCUGGCUCCCUUCCUUUCUAUCUCGAUAACACUAUUCCCCAGGACUGUCUUUCUCUCCCUCUGUUCGAAGACAACAACCAAUGGCUGCUCAAUUCCUUCGAACCGCCCGUGUCCUGGGCCACUGGACCCGCUCUCCGAACCAACCCCACCGCUAGCUCGGACGCCAGCUUCAUUGCUCCCUGCCAGACCAUACACAAUCCUACCAAUGAUUACGAGCAAAAAUGUUCGCCGAUGCAGGCCACCUUUCCUUUGGUACCGGCACAAAUGCCCCCAGCUCCUAUGCACGAAAUCACUUCGCGGGGUAGCAUCACGAGCGUCAGCAGCGGUGGCAGCGCCGACAGCAAUCAAUCCCGGUUCAGUAUUUCCAGCUACAGCAGCAGUAACGAGAGCCCGGUAUACAGUCGUCGAGGGAGCUCCAAUCGACCACCCACCCUGGGAUCUGAAGUGAACGAGCGCGAACGACGCAAGCGGGAGCGUUUCCUUGAGCGCAACCGCGUGGCUGCCAAUAAAUGCCGCAAGAAGAAGAAGGAGCAUGCCAAGCAGCUCGAGAGUCGCUGCGAGACGGUCUCGCGGGAGAACACGCUCCUGGAAAGUCAAGUGGAUCACCUGCGGGGCGAAAUCUUGAACCUAAAGAAUGAGCUGCUGCGGCACUCCCACUGCGGGGAUGAGAGGAUUAAAGAUCAUUUGGCGAAGAUGGUGAAGCAGCUUUCGGAUAAAGCUGGUACGACAACUCAGAGUCCCGAGGAGAAGAAAGAGUCAUUACCUCCGACAAAGAGUCCAAAGCAGGAGCAGGAGCAAGAGAUGACAAUGGAUCUUGAGGAUUUGGUACAGCUCCCGGCUGCUGGGGACGGUUCAGCAACAGAGGGGCAAAAAGAUACGGAGUGAAGGUCUAAUUCUGAGAUCGUUGAUGGCCUGUACAUGAUGGCCUGCGAUGAUUUGAUUAAUGUCUAUAUGAUGAGGCGUUGUGGAUAUUUUUGAUUCCUUUCCCCCUUCCUACGUCCCUAUCUCUUAACCCUUUCUAAUGUCUUUUUUCUUUCCGCUUCCUCCUUGUUACCUCUCUACCUUUCUCUCCUCGGGACCUUCUCAGAGAUACAUAUUCACGGCGACGGAAAAGUACUGUUUACGAGCUAGAUGAUAGAUACGAUUGAUGAUGAUGGCGGAAGCUAGCGUGCUAGCGAUGUUUCUGUUUCUAAUGUGGCGAGCGGGGUUUAACGGGGCGCAAAAGUAAACUUCAAUCCAAG